AUGUGGCAUGCCAGGUUCUUGGACUGCGCUCUGUGGUCUAGGCGGUGUUGGAUCGCCAUCGAAUAUGCCUAUCGCGUCCGAGAGCGAUCAUCUGAUACGUGGGUCUUUUGGAUCCAUGCAAGCAAUAAAGCACGGUUCGAAGAAGGUUUACGAGAUAUUGCAACAUGCAUAAAGCUUCCUGGGCGGCAAGAUCCAAAAGCGAAUAUAUUUCAACUGGUGUACGACUGGCUUCAAGACGAAAGAAAAGGGCCUUGGGUUGUUAUUCUCGACAACGUAGACGACGCCUGUUUCUUGACUUUAUCAACCCCAGAAGCAACGGUACCCACAGCAAAGGGUACAUCUACCAGGCACCUGUUAUCAUAUAUCCCAUACAGCCAACAUGGGUCCGUUCUUGUCACUUCGCGAAGUGAAGCCGCUGCAAUGGAGCUAGUUGAUCGCGAUGAUAUCAUCACAAUCAACCCAAUGAAUAAGAAAGACGCAAUACAAUUAUUCCGGAAUAAGCUUGGCCAAGACGAUGACGAUGCUUGCGUUAUAGAGCUUGCUACAGCGCUCGAAUAUAUGCCACUGGCUAUUGUUCAGGCAACGGCUUACAUUUCCCAGAAGCGUCCACGAUCCUCUGUUCGGGAGUAUAUUAAUGAGUUUCGCAAAAGCGAUAAUAGAAAAGCUAAGCUUCUUAGUUAUAAAGUGGAAGGGCUUCGCCGAGACAAAAAGGCUCAGAACUCCAUUUUCAUCACAUGGCAAAUAUCAUUUGACUACAUUCGCGACGUCAGGCCGUCCGCAGCGGACCUACUGUCGCUUAUCAGCUUCUGUGAUCGCCAGGGCAUUCCAGAAGUUUUGAUGCGAGGCAAAUACGGCCGUGUUACCAUAGAUGAUGCACAUAAUCUACGUCGCGCGGUGAGUGGGUUGACUAUUAGGGAUACAAGCGACGAUAAUACCGACGAUGGCAAGAGUAUUGGAAGUAAUGGCGAUAGUGACUGGACAUAUGAAAACUCCCACUGUAGUGACAAUGAUGAGUUUGAAAGCGACAUCAUAGCACUACGGAAUUUUUCCUUUAUUGUAGCCAAUAAGGACGGGACCACAUUUGAAAUGCAUAGACUAGUGCAGCUCGCCACAUUUGCGUGGCUCAAGGCACACAAUAUCUAUGAACAGUGGAAUUAUCAGUUUCUUCAAAACCUUGCCGCAGAGAUUCCAGACGGAAACUUUGAGAAUUGGGCGAAAUGUCAGCUGCUUUUCCCACAUGCACAGCAAGUGUCAACACAGCGCCCGGACGGGAAGGAGGCUAUGGAAGAGUGGGCGACAAUCUUGCAUAGAGCAGCCAGGUAUGCCCUUGAAAAGGGGUAUGCAGUAGAAGGCGAGAAGCUUUCUACCUGGGCUAUGAAAGCAAGGAAGAAAAUAUUUGAUAAAGACGAUGAGAAAGUGACUUCGUCAAAAGCCUUGGUAGCGUCGACAUAUAGCAAGCAAGGACGAUGGGAAGAGGCAGAGAAGCUUCAGGUGCAAGUGAUGGAGGCUCGAAAGCAGAAGCUUGGAGCGGACCAUCCAGACACGCUGACCAGCAUGGCGAAUCUGGCAUCGACAUAUAACAAGCAAGGGCGAUGGGAAGAGGCAGAGACGCUUGAGGUGCAAGUAGUAGAGGCUCUAAAGCAGAAGCUUGGACCGGACCAUCCUUCCACGCUGACCAGCAUCGCGAAUCUGGCAUCGACAUAUAGCAAACAAGGGCGGUGGGAAGAGGCAGAGACGCUUGAGGUGCAAGUAAUGGAAGCUCGAAAGCAGAAGCUUGGAGCGGACCAUCCGAACACGCUGACUAGCAUGAAUAACUUAGCAUGGACAUACUGGAAUUCUGGACGCCUAGAAGAAGGGAAGGUGUUGAUGAGUCAGUGUAUCCGUCUACGACAAGCUAAACUAGGUGCUAGUCAUCCAGACUACUUGUCUUCAGUCGACACUCUAUCUAAAUGGGAAAGUUAACCCUAUUCUGUCGCAAAAUAUAUUCAACUUACAGUAGUGACAGCCCUCAAAUAAUCCGUGUUGUUGCAUAUCCUUACGGAGUAUGUGUAACGUUAUUAUGCUUUUUAAUCGAAA